UUUUUACUUUUCUCUCUUACACAUACAACUCUAUUUCUUUUCUUUUCUUUUUGCAAUAUGGUGAUGGAAGCCUCAAUGAUUGUUGUUGAUAAUUCUGAGUGGAUGCGUAAUGGUGAUUACUCACCAACACGUCUUGUUGCUCAAAAUGAAGCCGUCAAUCUUAUCUUUUCCUCUAAAACACAAUCCAAUCCAGAAAAUACAGUAGGUCUCAUGACAGCAGCUGGAAAGGGACCUGAAGUCUUGGUCACUUUGACUACUGAUGUUGGCAAAAUCCUCAGUGCUUUGCAUGCCGUCAAAGCAGGUGGUAAGCCUAACUUUUUGACAAGUGUUCAAAUUGCACAACUCGCUUUAAAGCAUAGACAAAACAGAAAUCAACGUCAAAGAAUCAUUGUGUUUGUAGCUAGUCCUAUUGAAGCUGAUGAAAAGACAUUAGUCAAACUUGCUAAAAAGCUCAAAAAGAACAACGUUGCCGUUGAUGUGAUCAAUUUUGGUCAAGAAACCGAGAACACAUCUCGAUUGGAAGCCUUUAUCAACAAUGUCAACAACAGUGAUAACAGUCAUCUUGUCACUAUUCCACCUGGACCUCAUCUUUUGAGCGAUAUGCUUAUUUCUACACCUAUUAUUGCAGGCGAAGAUGGUGCUGCUGGUAACUUUGGUGGUAGUAGUGGUGGUGAUUUUGAAUUUGGUAUUGAUCCUAGUCUUGAUCCUGAACUUGCAUUGGCUUUGCGUAUCUCUCUUGAAGAAGAAAAAGCACGUCAAGAAGCAGAAGCAGCAAAAAAUGCAGGCAGUAGUAAUACAAAAGAAGCUGAAUCUUCUUCUUCCAUGGCAGUUGACUCACACGCAAAUGAAGAAGAUGCUGAACUUCAAGCAGCUUUAGCCAUGUCUAUGAAUGAUGCCCCACAAAAAGAAGAAGAUGAUGAGAAUAUGGAAGAUUUAAAUGAAGAUGAUGCACUUCAAAGAGCACUAGCCAUGUCUAUGAAUGAUAAUCAAGAAGAUGAAGAAAUGAUGUCUGCUGUCUUGGGUUCUUUACCAGGUGUUGAUAAGAAUGAUGAGCGUAUUCAAAAGGCAUUGGAAGACAUGGAAAAGAAGGACAAGCAUGAAGAGAAAUAAAUAAAAAAAUAAAAAAAGAGAAUAAAGUCUAUGACACAAUUGUGUUACACUAUCCAAUCAAA